AUGAAUUUUAAUAUCAAAAACAUUGGAAAUUUAUGGGAUGAGAUUUGUAACUUGAUCAUCCGACCCCAACGAUGUAUCUAUGAACCCUCUAUUGCACUCGGACCUAAAUUAUUUACUCUUGAUAAUCGAAUUUUUGAAAGAAAGGAUUUUCAGUUGACAAACUCGAGAGGAAAAGUUAUUGAAUGCUCACAUUAUCAACCUAUUGAAUCGCAAAGAACAAAGGAAAAGUUACCUUGCGUGAUUUAUUGUCAUGGUAACUGUGGAUCAAGAUGUGAUGCAUUAGACGCUGUCAGUAUUUUACUUCCAUACAAUAUAACAGUGUUUGCUUUUGACUUUACAGGAUCUGGCUUAUCUGAAGGAGAUUAUGUGUCACUUGGAAAUUACGAAAAGCAAGAUGUUGGAACUAUUGUUGAAUAUUUAUGGUCAACCAAGAGGGUGAGUAGAAUUGGCUUGUGGGGCCGAUCGAUGGGUGCUGCUACAUCCAUCAUGUAUGCAUCCAUAGAUCAAAGUAUUGCUGGAAUUGUUGUUGACAGUCCAUUCACAUCUUUGGAAGAUUUAGCAAUGGAACUCGUUCACUCGUAUCAAUCUUGGAUACCGAAAAAGAUGAUCAAAAUGGGUAUUAAUCUUAUUAGAAAAUCAAUUAUUGGAAAAGCUGGUUUUGAUAUUCGUUCAUGUGCACCUAUUGAAUGUGCUGGCUCCUGUUUUCUCUAUGAAACCUAUGCAGGUGACAAGAAUAUGAUUCGAUUCGAAGGAGAUCACAAUAGUGCAAGACCCGAUUUUAUGUAUGACUCUGUGUGCAUCUUCUUCUACAAUGUGCUUGUUAGCAAUGAUAAGGAAUUGGAAAAUAAGGAUAUUCCAAAAGGUUCAAUGGCUCACAAGAAUGACGUAGGAGUUGUGACAGAAAAAGGUCGACAAAAUUCUACCUCAGAGUCACCAGCGAAAAAGAACCCUUCUGCAUCCUCAAAAAUUUCCAUACCAAGAGAAGCUGCUCACAAUGACUCCUUCUUCCAAUCACCUUCCUAUCCUCAAAUGAUUGUUCCAAGCUCUCUCAAUGACAAUUAUGAAGGAUUUGGAAAUAGUGACGAAGAUGAAAUGCUCUUCCUAGCUCUCAUUGAAAGUGUCAAAGAAGAGCUCAAUGUCUGUAAGGAUGAAAAUGAACGAAAAGAACUCGAAACUCGAUUGAAAGAGCUCUACGAACAAGCCAAAGUCAAUUCUGCAUUCCUAUAA